AUGGACUACGACGGCAAAUCUUACAAGGGCGACUUUGGCAUGGAAAUAAGCCAUGGCGAGGAAAAUCAACUCGAGCGCAAAGUUUUCUCCGAUGAAUACAAGCAAAACAAGCAUGUGUACGUGGAACAAUUCCUCCGGUGUUCUGGGCCAGAGCAAAUCGACCUGGUCCGCACACUCAUGCAACACAUGAGCCAUUUCCAGCUAGGCGCAAUCGACCAUACUCUGCAGCCGCUUCUUCAACGGGACUUCAUCUCGCAACUGGCAAAAGAGGGUCUACCAGACCUCGCCAAAUGUAUAUUAGGCUAUCUCGACUCCAAAUCACUGCGAAACGCAGAAAUGGUUUGCCGUGGAUGGCACGACGUUGUGCACGAUGGAAUGCUCUGGAAAGCGUACGUCGAAAACCAGGUGAAAAAGAAAUCAGUCUGGAGAGGGCUUGCAGAGCGACGAGGCUGGCUCAAGUACUUAUUCCGCGGAUGUAAAGAAGAGGGACCGCGACCCGAUAGUUUCUUCCGAGGGCUUUGCCCAUCCGUACACCAAGACAUCGCUAAAAUCGAGAGCAAUUGGCGAAACGGGCGAUGCGCCAUUUCCCGAAUCAAUUGCGAGAGCGAGCAGAGCAAAGGUGUGUACUGUCUUCAAUACGACGACGAUAAGAUCGUCUCGGGCUUGAGAGACAACACCAUCAAAAUCUGGGACAGAAAGACCCUCGAGUGUAGAAAAACACUCACUGGACAUACUGGAUCUGUUCUUUGCUUACAGUACAACGAAAAUGUCAUCAUUACCGGCUCAUCCGAUUCCACUGUCCGAGUUUGGGACGCGGAAAGGGGCGAGCAAAUCAACACGCUGAUGCAUCAUUCCGAAGCUGUUCUUCACUUGCGUUACUACAAUGGCGUCAUGGUCACCUGCUCCAAAGAUCGAACAAUCGUUGUUUGGGAAAUGACCAAGCCAUACGGUCUUGCAGGCAAGAAAUUCGGUUCAGAAAUCAAAUUCCAAAAAGUUCUCGUUGGACACAGAGCAGCAGUAAACGUAGUCGACUUUGACGAGAAAUACAUCGUCUCGGCUUCUGGAGAUCGAACUAUCAAAGUUUGGACGGCACAGACAGGCGAAUUCGUCCGAACUUUGCAAGGUCACCGACGUGGUAUCGCUUGCCUGCAAUACCGCGAGAAUAUCGUCGUCUCCGGAUCCUCCGACAACACUAUUAGAAUUUGGGACAUCGAGCACGGUACAUCCCUCCGCACCCUCGAAGGUCACGACGAGCUCGUCCGAUGCAUCCGCUUCGAUGAUAAGCGAAUUGUAUCUGGUGCAUAUGAUGGAAAAAUAAAAAUUUGGGAUUUGAAAAAAGCGCUCGACCCGCGAAUUCCUUCAAAUAAUUUGUGCAUUCAAACGCUAGAGAAGCAUUCUGGGCGUGUUUUCCGACUCCAAUUCGACGAGUUUCAAAUUAUCAGUUCUUCACAUGACGACACAAUUCUUAUCUGGGACUUCCUUAACGCUGAAAAGGAUGGUGAAAAUGGCGAUACGAAUGAGGUUGCGAACGACGAUGGCAUGGCAGAGGACGAAGACGACGGUCAACAAUUACAGGUGGUUGAAUUACACGAAGCUCCUAUGAACUUAGAGCCCGAAAUGGCUAACGGCUUCCGCUUGAGACGAAAUGAUGUUGGAAGAAAUCAUAGAGGACGAGGCAAUCGACCGCGAAUCGCAAAUGCCAACAUGAUUUUGGAACAGAUGCAAAUCCAAAACAUGCAAAACUUACCCGAUCUCGCUGCACUACAACGCCAGUUAGAAGCCAACCGAGACCAACUGGCCAACAAUCAAGCCCCUCCUGGCGAGGACUUUGGCGACCCAAUGGACGAAGACGCCGGUUAA